UUCAUGGCUAUAAAUCUUUUUUUUUAAUUCUGUAAUUAAAAGAAUUACAGAAUUCUUUUUCUGUUACUUUGUUUCUACAUUUGAUAAGAACUAUCUUGAGGGAGAUUUUUUCUCUUAGGCAACCAGGAUAUCUCAAGUCUCUUGUCCAUAUUGAGGACUUUUAUAAAAGCUGGAUGAAGCCCAAAACAUUUGUUUUGCAAUGAAGUCCAUAUCAGCAAGAUGACCACUGAAAAACCCACUCCUAAUCCAGUUUGGAAGGCAGAGAUCUGUGAGAAUUGGGCAUAUACAAUGCUCAAGGAAAAGCCUCUUUGAGCUAAAACGCUGAAUAGGUACAAAAAAAAGUGCAAAAGUAGCUGGAAAAUAAUUUUGCUUUAUUUAGUCGUUCAAAGCAAAGCAGACUCAGGAGAUCUCAGUUCCACUCUACCAUUUUUUGCUGGAGGAGGAAAAGCUAAAGCGACUAAGACAAGUACGCCUUUAAUGGGGCUGCUGUGAGUUUUGUUCCUUGCAUGAAAAUGACAGGAACCUCUGAGCCCCUAUGAAAGCGAAGGGAGGGGAAUAGCGGCACAGGAGGCCAAUGAUAAAUUCAGCCAGAGACAGUAACGUAAAGCACCAGCAUGAAGAAUCAGCUCUUGGCUGGCGGAAGGAUGGUGCUCCCCCAAGUGUUCCUCUCACUGCUGUGGCUUGGAUCUGGGCAGUCUGUCUUAGGAUCGCAGCCCAAUCAGAAUCAAUUGCAGAAUGCAGGAUUUGCUCUCUGUGAUAUGCAGCCUUCUGGAUACUAUAAUGGAAGCCUCACCACAACCCUCUCUGGGUCAGUUUGCUUAAACUGGUCAGACUUCCCUGAUUAUAUUCAGCAGUAUCCAAAUCGGGGACUAGGAAACCACAACUACUGCAGGAAUCCAGAUGGGGGACCCAACCCUUGGUGCUUCUAUCAACUCAUUUCAGGAGCAACUGGCUGGGCAAAUUGUGACUGUAGCCAGGAUUCAGUGCGACUUACGGAAAGUGGCAGGGUGGAAAUAUACUACAAAGGGCUGUGGGGGAUGAUCUGUGAUGAUGAGUGGACUGACUUGGAUGCCAGUGUGGUAUGCCAACAACUGGGGCUCAGUGAAACUGGCACAGCCCUAAGACAGCGUCCUUCCAGUUCGGAGCUGUUACCCUUACAUCUUCAGUCUGCAAACUGUCGUGGUGAUGAGAAGAUGCUGUCCCAGUGCAAUUACCAGGAAAUAUUCAGAGCUUGUAUCCAGGGAACUGCAGGGACCACUUGUGGAUCAUCUCAAGCUGUAGGAUCUCCACUUCGCCUGGUAGGAGGCACAAAAAGCUUUGAGGGUCGAGUAGAAAUUUACCAUGAUGGCCAUUGGGGCACCAUCUGUGAUGAUCGGUGGGAUGACAAGGAUGCUGAAGUGGUUUGCAGACACUUGGAUCUCAGUGGAUUCUCAAGAGCCGUGUCUUGGGCUCACUUUGGGAAGGGCUCAGGCUCAAUCCUGCUGGAUGAAGUGGAGUGCUCAGGCAAUGAGCUUUCACUGGACCAGUGCAAGAAGAGUGAUUGGGGGAAACACAACUGUGACCAUAUUGAAGAUGCUGGGGUUAUUUGUGACCCCUUCGUAGCAGAAGGAACAAUCCGAUUGACAGGAGGCCUCCAUCCAAGUGAAGGAAGGGUAGAGAUCUACCACAAUGGAAGAUGGGGAUGUAUUUGUGAUGAUGGCUGGAAGACAGGAAUCAAUGCUCAGGUUGCUUGCAGACAGUUGGGCUUCAAUGGUCCUGCCAGGCUGGCAUCAAAGGAUGAAUUUGCGCCAGGCCAAGGUUUCAUCUUGCUGGACGAUGUGGCUUGCAUAGGCACAGAAUCAUCUCUGAUGGACUGUCCCCAUAGUAACUGGGGUCAACAUGAUUGCUCACACGAAGAAGAUGUGGGAAUAUACUGUUCCGUGGUUGGCAACAGAAUCACUGAAGAUAAAACUGGCAACUUCUCCAGCCCCGGCCGAUGGCAAGGGCUUCUGGUGCGGCUGGUGGAUGGGGACCAAGCCAAUGAAGGCCACGUGGAGCUUUUUCUGAAUGGAGAGUGGGGCAGAAUUUGUGCUGAAGGCUGGACAGAGAGAGCUGCAGCUGUGGUUUGCAGGCAGCUGGGCUACAGUGGUACUGCAGUCGCCAUCCAUAGGCCUUAUUCAGAUGCAUGGCAUGGACCCAUCCACCUGGACAAUGUGGAAUGCUCUGGCACUGAGCAUACCUUGGCAGAGUGCAUCAUCCAUCAAAGUGGUCAACACAACUGCAGGCAGAAGAAAAGUGCACGUGUGAUAUGUGACUACAUGAGAAAAGAGAGACAAUUUAUAAGGAACGAUGGUUCCAAUAUUGGCCUGUGUGGUCUUCGUUUGACUCAGCACCGCAACAAAAGAAUAAUUGGUGGAAACAAAUCCUCCAGGGGAAGUUGGCCAUGGCAGGUCUCCUUGCGUCUGAAGGGGAUUCACAAAGAUGCUCGUUUGUUGUGCGGUGCAACACUUAUCAGCAGUUGCUGGGUAAUGACAGCAGCACAUUGCUUCAAAAGAUUUGGGGUAGACGUUCGUCGCUACCUUCUGCGGGUGGGAGACCACCAUACCGCUGUGAGAGAUGAGUCGGAGAGAGAGUUGCCGGUGGAGAAGAUCCUCCUUCAUAGAAAUUAUCGGUCGAGCAGUAAUGAUAAUGACAUUGCUCUGGUCAGGAUGUGGGGCAAAGGGGACAACUGUCUCUCCUUCAGCCCCCGUGUCUUUCCCGUCUGCCUCCCCGCUGGGAAGCAGAAAGCUGCAAUGGACCGAAAGUCUUGCGUCAUAUCAGGCUGGGGAGAUACAGGAAGGUCAUACUCAAGGAUGUUACUCCAGGGAACCGUGCCUCUUCUCCCAAGAAAAGUUUGCAAAUCUCGUUAUGGAAAGAAAUUUACUAAUCGAAUGCUCUGUGCUGGAAACCUUUCUGCUGGCAAUCGGGUAGACAGCUGUCAAGGGGACAGUGGAGGACCAUUGGUGUGUCAAAGACCAAAUACACAAUGGGUAAUUCUAGGAAUUACUUCCUGGGGAUAUGGGUGUGGGCAAAAGGAUUCUCCUGGUGUUUAUACAAAGGUCAGCAAAUUUGUGCCUUGGAUCAAGAAAGUGACCAAAAUAAUAUGAGAACCGUCAACCCAAAGAUGGAUUCAUGGUGCUUUAUGAAGUGGGACUUAAAAUGCAAGGAGCCAUAGCUUUAAUCUUUAAUCUUUAAUUAUGCCAGUACUGGAUAGCUUUUCCAAGUUUAGCCAUAAAUUCUACGGACAAAAAUGCCACAGAAAUGACUGUAAACUCUGCUAUGAUUCCAUUUCUGAAUAUAUAAUAUUGCUGGAAGUAAAUUUUCUUAAAAUCUGUACAAA